CGUAGGCGUCACUGUAACCUAGGAAACCGGACUGUUCCCCGCACUCGACCGUUCGCUGGGGAAGGAUUAGAAGAACAACCUCCUCCCUGGCCCCUCACUUCCGAGGGCAGGCGGGUGUCUCUCUCCACGGCAGCCGCGGACGGCGAAGAAAGGCGGACAAAGGCCGUGGCCGGCUGGUGGUGCUGAGGCUGAGGCGGACUUGAGUCCCAAUUUCUCCUUCUCCGCUAAUCGCCUGUGCCCCGCCCCCUUGCUCUCCGAGAAGAAAAUCACUGAACGUCCCUCUCGCGGCGCCUUGGCUGACGUAAGUAUUCCUGUGGGAGGAGGCCACGCCCCCUACAGUCUCGUGGCGGAAUUCAGCAACAGCCAAGUGCCAGAGCUUCAGAGCACAGUUUGAGUUCGGACACUUUGCAGGGGAGCCUCCGCUCCCGUUUCCUCCACAGCAGGAGGGCCAUGGGCUGCUCCACCUCAGGAAAAGGGGCCGCUGCGACCACCACCUCCCCGAGGGCUUCCCCCUUCCAUUUCUCACACCACGAGCCACGGUGAAGGACUCCGCGGCCAGGUUGAAAAGGACGCCAGAAUCCCCAAGUAUUUGCUCGAGCCUUUUCGGCUCUGUAUUAUCUGUCGACACUAGACAGUGCCGGAUUUACAUAUACGCUAAGCAAGCUGUAGCUUAGGGCCCCACUCUCUUGCCCCCCCCCCAUUUUUUUUAAAGGAAAAAACACCUGGAUGUACAUUUCCAAAAUAUAAGAUAAAAACAAAUAAAACCUACAUACAGCAACAGUGUUUUGUGUUGUGUAGGCUCCUAUGAUGUAACUAAUGCACCCUGCCUGCUAGUCUGCUCCCUAAAAUAUCACUGGUUUGCUCAUUUCUAUAUAUAGGGUGCCUACAUUCUGCAUGGACUGGUUGCAUGGCAACAUGUGCAAAUGGCUUUAGAUACCUAUGAGGUCCAUAAAUUACCAUAUAGCAUAUAUUCAACACAAAAAACAGCGACAAUUUGUUGUUGACAAAGGACAGCUGGACAUAUAAAUGGCCCCAUUAGGGCCUCAUCAAACCUAAAUCCAGCCCUGCACUUAGUCUUAGACCUUUCCUUCAAGGAGCUCUGGGGUUGUCCCUACAACAACCCCAUGAGGUAGGUUAGGCUGAGAAACUGACUGGUGCAAGUUCAACCUGGCCUGUGAACUUCAUGGCUGAGUGGAGAAUUUGAACUCAAGUCUGCGAGGCCUUAGUCUCUCUCAGCGGCAGUCUCUUGCUGUACAGCAGUACUGCCCAAUGGAGGCAGCCGGCGAUUCCUCUUGCUUCGCGCUCCCAUAUAGAAUCAUAGAGUUGGAAGAGACCACAAGGGCCAUCCAGUUCAACCCCCUGCCAAGCAGGAAACACCAUCAAAGCAUUCCUGACAGAUGAAGGAGAAAAACAAAACAAAGUGAAAACUGGUAAUAAUUUAUCUCAGCAUUAUAAAAUGCAGAGUCUUUUUCUUAUUUAGGACCUCUGGAUGUGAGGAGAUACUUGUGGAGCCCUGAUUGAAAACCACUGACCUGGGUUACCCCCAUCUUUGGCAACAAAGCUCAACUUGUCCACAUUUUGUUUCAAAAUAUAAAAUGGGCAAAAAUGGAAUGUGCAACUGAAGUUCCAACAUUUUAUGUUCAUCCAGUUGUGUAUAAUUGGAUGACUAUGGUCUUUCAAGAAAGGAAAACAAACCAGAAAACCAAACAGUCAUGGUGAUGUGGUAGUCCUAAACAUUGCACUCUUGGAAAUGGAUAAAGUUUGACUGUCUUGAGACAUCACAGUACUUUAACUGGAACUGCUGUCCAAUGGAAAGCCCUGUGGACCUCUGUUUUGCUGAAGAAGGAUGUAGCAGCAGCAUUGUUCUUGAAAAACAAGUUUUUAGAUCCAAAGUGCCAGAAUCACAUGUCCAGCUUGCUUGUAGCAUGCAUUACUGUGCUUUUCCUUUGAAUGGGAAUGAGCUUUGUAUUUUGAAUACUACUGAUGAUCCUGACCGCCAGCCAUUACACUUACUAGGUCAUCACCAUUCAAUUACUGCAUUGGCAUUUGGGAGCAAAGACAAUCCACUCCUCAUUUGCUCUGCUUCACGUGACUACGUAAUAGUGUGGAAUCUGGAUGAAUGCAUGAAAAAGGUUUUACAAGGGGUAAUGCCAGAAGGCAUUGUUAUUGGAACACUUUUGGGAAUGGUGCUUUAUGUUCGAUUUAGUCCAGAUGAUGAGACAGUUGCAGUAUGUGCUGGCAAUCGGAUAUACAUGCUAAAUGCAAAGGAUGAAGCUAUACUUGCUGAAUUGGAGGGCCACCUGGCUCCAGUGACUGCUGCUGAGUUUUGUCCUUGGGAAAAAAAUAGACUUAUAUCAGUUUCUGAAGAUAGAAGUUUUAAGGUAUGGGACUAUUGUACUGGACUGUUAAUAUAUCAGUCAGCAGUAAUAACAGCAUUUCCUCUUCUGAGUCUCUUCAUUGAUGAAGAAAAUAAACAGAUUAUCACUGGAUGUGCAGAUGGACAGCUUUGGAUCUUCAGCUUGAUUAGUGGGCAUCAGUAUCGCUGUGUGGUACAUAUAAAUAUAAAGAAAGAAAGAGAGAAGUUUUACAACAAAAAAAGGAAAUCCAAACAAUUGGAUGAGAUUCAGAAUCCUUCUAAGGUGUAUACUUCAAAUGAUUUAAGGAAAGAAGAAACAGUUGAAACUACCUUUCCAGUUCUCAGAAUUGAACUCUGUGACAAAUCGAUAAAUGUAGGUGAUGAAGAACACAGUUUGCCUACUGUGAAUGCCCAAUGCUUGUGGAUAGGAAGCUCUACUGGUUUAUUCAUAAUUAACAUGGCAAAUUUUGAGUUGGAAGCUGUUUUACAUUACAGAGAUUUCAGUGCCCUAAGCAUUCAGUUUGCUGGAUCAUGUGCUUUAAUGAGGAAGGCAAUCAAUGGCAAGGUGUUCUGUUUGCUAACUUCAAUGUUUGAGAAUAGAAUUGCCUUACUGGAGAUUAAUGUUGCGGCCCUGUUGAGAUCCCAGCAGAGUGAACUCCAUUUAAGUGGAAGUGAGAAAGGCCUGUCUGUAGUUGCCAGAUGCUCUCUUCUGCCAACCUCUCCUUUGUACCCGAAGAAAGAAAAAAGCCAACUUGUAAGUAAAAAAGGUACAAAAAGCCCAAUAAAAGACCAGCCACUGGUCUUCCAUAAUAAAAUUAAGUCCUCAGGUUACACAUCAGCGCCACAAAUGACCAUGUUCUCUCCAAAGACCAAUGCAAAGCAAAACAAUCUGGAACUGAAGUGCAAGAGAAGUUGCAAACGACGGAAUAAAGAAGAAUAUCCACAUGUCAACUUUCCUCCAAACAAAUCUGAGAGACAGAUUAUCGUAGCUGAUAAGCCAACUCCUAUAUGCUGCAUUCUCCUAUCAGGGGAUGGAGAGUUCUUGGCUUGUGGCUUGGCUGACAAAACCUUGCUGGCAUUCAAUUCAAAUCUUACAGGAACACCAACAGUUUAUUCAGGGCAUGAUGGUGCUGUUAACUCAGUUGGUUGGAGCCAUGACAACAACUGGCUUGUUUCAUCUUCUGAAGACAGAACAUUAAGGAUCUGGUCAGUCAGCAGUGCAGAACCUGCUUUAUGUCUGGGAAAGGAAAUGUUUCAUAAAUCCAUUCGAUCAGCACAGUUUUAUUACAUGGAUACAUUUAUAUUGUUGUCUUGUGGAGCAGAGUUUCACAUGUUAAGAUGCUACCUUGAUACCAGUAAGGAUGAGAUGAAACGAUACCGAAAUAAGAGCAUUUGUAAAUCAGUACAGAAAUUCCCCAUGGCAUCUACAGUGGAAAUCACCAGCCUUUCAGCAGUAAAUGAAUUCUAUUCUUAUAUUGUACUGGCAGCUGGUAGCAAUCGAGCACUAGAAGUCUUUGACCUCAAUGUGGGUUGUAGUGCAGCAGUGAUAGCGGAUGUUCAUUCUAGAUCAGUUCACCAGAUUUGCCAAAACAAGGGAUCAGCUUUUAGCAGUCAGCAAUAUGAAGCUUACAAUCUUUUCUUAACAACAGCCAUUGGUGAUGGUAUCAAGCUCUGGGAUUUGAGAACACUGAGGUGUGAACGUCAUUACAAAGGUCAUAGUAGCCGCUGUCACCCCUGUGGAAUCGCUGUUUCUCCUUGUGGACAAUUCAUUGCCUGUGGAUCUGAAGAUAAAUGUGCAUAUAUAUAUGAGAUGCAUGCAAGCACUUAUUCCCAUAAGUUGACUGGACACACAGAAUCUGUCAUCAAUGUGGCUUUUAACCCUUCAUCUCCUCAGCUCACCACAGCCACCCUGGAUGGCAAACUGCAAUUGUUCCUACCGGAUUGUCAGCCUUGACUUCCUUGGCUCGGCUACUUUAAGAAUAAGGCUCCCCGACAGAAAGGAGAUAUUUGGUUACUGGGCAAGUUACACACUUUUCUGUUUUAAAUAUAGGCUUCCAGAUUAUGUCUGCCCUGGAAUUUGCUCCAAGCUCUACUCUGCUGGAAAGACAUUUUGUAUAAGGGUACAGAGUCCUUUCUGCCACUGUCCUUGCAGAGCAUUAUCACAUUCAGGCUACCUUGGACUACAAUUUUGGAAGUGCUACAGAAUGGGUAGAUGUAUAACAUUAUGUUGUUUCCCAUUAUUAAUAGCUCAGGCCAUCCUAGUGCAGUUUGUCUGGAACCAUCAAGUAAGAUUUAAGAAAGCUGGUGUCCAGCAGCAUAUAUACACUUUUUGUUGUAGUUUGGUGGGAUUUCAGUAGUUAUCUCCACAACCAGACAUUUAACAAAUAAACCUUUGUACCAUUCUUGGUUAAAGCCUUAUGCCCAAUAAUAAAGUGAUAUUCAAGUCAUUUGUGUCCUUGCCUGAACUUGAGGGGAAAUAUGAGGUUCUGAGCAUUAUUGAGACAUACAAGUGAAGGUUUACUAUAGUUCAGACACCAGCGGAUAUGAUACCAAACAUCUUUCAAGACUAAAUGUUAUGCAGUCCUUUUCUCCUUGUCAUGUAUAAAGACUUUGGAAGACAAAUCACACUGGAUUUCUGGCUUCUUAAGAACCAGUACGGAAAAUGUGGUUUGCACUAUUUCGCAACAGGUUGCUAAAUAUGUCACUGCAGUAUAUUCAACUCUCUAAUCUAAUUUUGAAGAGCAUUUUGAGGAUGAUCUUUAAAGAGCUGUGCACACUGAGUUGGGUCUGACUAAGUCAUACUCAGAGUAGAUCCAAUGAAAUACAGUAAAUGCCAUUCUUAAAACUGUUUCCCAAAACAAAACCCAAUUCUAAUAAGAAUGUCAAUACCAGUCAUAGCUGUCAAGUUCUCCCCUUUUUUAAGGGAAAUUCCCUUACGCUGAAUAGGCUUCCUCACGAGAAAAGGGAAAACUUGACAGCUAUGAUACCAGUAAGAAGUCCAACUUAUCCAAAAGUCAUCUUGUUCAGUCCAUCUUUAUUUCACUGGGACAAUAUUGUGAAUGUGCUUAAAUAUCUCUCUGGGAAAAAAAUGUAACUUUGAAAAGUAUUUCUUUUUGGUAGAAUUGAAUGCAUGGUUUCUGCAUUCUUUGCAAAUUACUUUGACCCCACUUUGGACCCCACUUAUCCAGAUCAGUUCACUAUCGAUGUAUGUGUUAUAUACACACUAGUGUUAUAAUUCCAUUGGUGCAAACCAUUUGAAAAUUAUGCUUAAUUCUAUAUUGGUUAAAUGCUGACAGUUGUGCGGCUAGUUUGGGGAAGGUUCAAGAGCCCAAAUGUGUAACUCCCAGUGACAACAGUGGGGUAACUAGAUGGCAUUAUUAUACCCCGGCCACCUGACUGGGUUGUCCCAGCUGCUCUGGGCGGCUGGUAUUUUGGUAGUCCCAAUCAUGCUGCUUGUUCUGGAAAGCAAGGGUAUUAAACUUGGUUCCUAAAGUUUCUAUUGAUAUCAGCGACUAUGGGGCAGAAAAACACGUUCUGACAAAAUAAUGAGACAGUUAUUGCACACCAGUGUUUGAACCAUUGCAUAAUAACCAAAGGAACAUUUGGUUGCUACAUUUUUUUACAUCCAGGAAACUGUCAGAAUGAUUUGUCAUGAAGUUCUUAUCAUCGGACGCUCACUCUAGGAUUGGUAUCCGUCAGCUGUUCCUCUUACAGCUGGGAAUGCUUGUCAAGUGGCAGGCUUCACUGUUUUGAGACAAAUCAAUAGUCUAUAGUAGCUCAGCAGAGCAAUGCAGAUACAGGGUAGACAGAGCUGGUUUUUCUCAAGAGAGUUGUAAAAGCAUAUUACUGAUAAUGUAAAACAAGUAGCUGAGGAGCUAUGUAAUAGUGACUCAUUCAGAAUCACACAAUCUAAUGAUUCUGACCCUUUACGUACACCGAUCAAAGUCAAACAUCUGGUUCUGUGCUUUAGAUAAUUUGUGACCUAUCUUUGUUGAAAGAGCAGUUUCCAGUCAUAUUAUUGGUCUGCUAUACUAGGCUUAUUCGGUGUUACAUUAAAAAUGCCCACAUGUCCUUGAAUUCUGCUGAGAAGGGAAGUUUUUAGUUCACUUAAAGGUGAACUUUUGGCUUUGGAACUUCCUCUGUGGACAAUAUGAACCUUUCUUGUGCUUGCUGAUCGCACAAGGGCAAUCUGGUGUAAAUUUACAUUCAGCCAAAUGCACGAUUGUGGCCCCUUUCACUUUAAAGUGGAAUAGCAAUUGUGGAUAUAGACUACACAGGUUCAAUACACAGGUUGGAUCCAGAGUUUGUUUUCGCAGGUGGUAGUAUCCUCUGAGAAGCGUUCCACUCAGGAUGCUUCUGUCAGUGGAAAGGAUAGGAGAGGUGAUUUUUGCCAAUUUCUUCUUUCCUCUGCCAACUCCACUUCCUCUGCUGUUCUGGAGAAAGCAAACCUUGGAUCCAACCCUUAUUGAUUGCACGAACAGUUGAGUAGAGCCAGGGCAUCUGAAAAAAAUUCUCGUCUCUUAUGGGGUGGGUUGUUGACAGGUUUUGGUCUACCCAUAAUCAUCAUAGCUGCCAAGUUCUCCCCUUUUUUAAGGGAAAUUCCCUUAUGCUGAAUAGGCUUCCUCGCGAGAAAAGGGAAAACUUGGCAGCUAUGUCCAGAUGCCCCUGCCAUCAGAUAUUUAGGCAGGUGGUGACCGAAGACAGGACCUUUUUUUGGUUGUGGAAAGAGGUGUUGUGCCUAUGCUACUUUCCACCAGAUCCCAAAUAAUAAAUUUCCUGGCUGCUUUUUCUUUAGUUGAGUUUUACACUCAUUGAUUGUAUUCCUUUUUUGCUGUAUGGUGGUUGUUUUUUAUAAAGAAAUGUUUUAUGACUUGAUGACUUGUCAAUUUACAUUUUGAAUGUUUUCUUGGAUAAUUAAUAGGAAAGUUGGGAUAUAAAUCUACGAACAUAUAAAAUAUAAUAAGAAGGAGAAUUUAGCUUGUGUGCCACUACACUCUAUAUGUGAUUGUUGCUGACAGCGAACCAGCUGUAAAUCGUUACUUUUAAUGCCACCUUGAAGUUCAUCAAUGAAUCUUUUUCAUGCAUUAUGGCUGCUUUGGUCCCUGUAAGAUGGGAGAGAGAUUGGUGCAUUGUCUAAAGCGGGGAGGUGUUCCCUGGCUUCAGGAAAUGGCAAGGGAUUCCCAUACCCAGUUUCUGGCUAAAAUGGGGGAAGCAAAGAGACAAUCCUGCUCCACUGGUAGCUUUCCAUUUUUGAGAGGAAAUGUUGCUAAGCUCCAGGAAAAUCAAGCAACCAUCCAGAUCAGGUCCUGGAAAAAGAAGGGGAGCUUUAGUCCUGCUAGUAUUGCUGAAGAUGAAUGACUUUCUCUGUUUCCCAAUGCUGAACAUUGGCAUGCCCUAGAACACAGAAAAUUGAAAUUUACAUUAAGUACACAUUUAACUUUUUUUUCAUUAUAACUACAACCAAAAGCCCAAACUCCAUUGUUUUAGAACAGUUCAGGUCAUGCUGUUUCAAAGUAAAUUAAUACAGCAAAAGGUACCGGUAGAUGGAGUGGAGUUUUCAGCAAUGGUAAUACUGGCUGG